CCAAAACCCGUGGGCGUUGCCAUCCCCGAAGAAAGUCAGCACCACAAAACUGCCACCCAACAUGGCGGAGACUGUACGUCACACCCCCGUUUUCCCUUUACCGAUCGGUUUCUCUGCCCACAUUUUCUUUUCGCUGUCGCUGCUGUUGUCGGGCUCGACCUGACCUUGGACUCUCCGCUUCGCUCUCGAACCACCACUCCUCCCCUUCACUUACCCCCCCCCUUCUCUCCCUCCCCUCCCCCGAAGUGUAAGUGAGAGACCCAACUGGUACGAGCUCGGUCGGUUGUUUUUUUUCUGUCUUGUUUUGUUCGACAAAUUUUGUCGCCUGUUUGCUUUGUUUGACCAGCCCAGACGAGCGAAAGAAUCCCCCGCUAACGCCUCCCGGAUCAGCAGGUCGAUACACCUGCGCCUCCGAAGCAACGCAAGUCCGUCGCAUUCAGUGAAGGCGCCGUCAUUAUGGAUACAAACGGCGAAGUGACCGAGGCCGUUCCGGCCGUGGAGAAGCCCGUCGUGGCUGAUGCUGAGGACAAGUCCGUCGACGAAGUCACCGAGAUGUUCAAGGGGCUGUCGAAAAAGAAGAAGACCAAGAAGCCCAAGGACAGCGAGGCGGCGGGCGACGACGAGACGCCCGCGGCGGACGGCGAAUUCGACCCGUCGGCCCUGAAGAAGAAGAAGAAGAAGACGAAGAAGGCCGACCCGGGCGACUUCGAGGCCAAGCUGGCCGAGGCCGGCAUGGCCGAGAAGGACGCCGACGCGGCCGCCGACGACACCAAGGAGGACGAGAUCCCCGAGGGCGACCACGAGGCCGGAACCGGCAUCUGGGCCCACGAUGCCACGCAAUCCAUCCCCUACUCGCUGCUCGUGUCCCGAUUCUUCUCCCUCAUCCAGAGCCACCACCCCGAUCUGCUGUCCAGCGGCACCAAGUCCUACAAGAUCCCCCCGCCCCAGUGUCUGCGUGAAGGUAACCGUCGUACCAUCUUCGCCAACAUCGCCGAUAUCUGCAAGCGCAUGAAGCGGUCCGACGAUCACGUCAUGCAGUUCCUCUUCGCCGAAUUGGGUACCAGUGGUAGUGUUGACGGUAGUCGUCGUCUGGUUAUCAAGGGUCGUUUCCAGCAGAAGCAGAUUGAGAACGUGUUGAGAAGAUACAUUGUCGAAUACGUCACCUGCAAGACCUGCCGCAGCCCCGACACCGAGCUCAACAAGGGCGAGAACCGUCUAUACUUCGUCACCUGCAACUCGUGCGGAUCCCGCCGUUCCGUCGCCGCCAUCAAGACCGGUUUCCGUGGACAGGUCGGCCGCAGAAAGAGACAGGGUUAAGCG